CGUGUGUUAGCUCUCGAUGCAUAGCGAUCCUCCGAGUAAUUCUCUCUUUCAUUUGCUUUGUUUCUCUGUUAGCAGAAAUGGCGUCUAAAACUGAAACAGGCACAGGUGGAGUUACAGUUACGAUCAAGAGUUCACCAGAAGUGUACUGGAUGGAGCUUCAAAACUCCACAAUAAUAUAUCCGUUUGCCAUUCCUGAGCUGUAUACAUCCAUCACACCAAAUCCCAAAAACCCUAACGAGCGCACAAUCACAUAUGGCCCAAAUUCUCCCAAUUUCAAAACGUCGACUGAGAUCACCGACAACAAAGAAAAAGCAAUCGUUUACAGGGUUACUGCAGGUGAUAUCCCCUCAAAGUAUCAUGUCCUUGACUUCAAGGCUGUGAUAUUUUACCCAAAAGAUAACAAUGUGGCAUGGACCUGGACCUAUAAUUAUGCUUCAGAUCAAAAACAAUCUGCUUCUAAAUUUGAAGCAGCUAUGGAAGACAUUGCAAAGAGGACCCUGCAAAAACUUGAUCAAGUUGACAGUAACACUGCCCUAAGUAAAUUAGCUAUCUUAAACUAAAUUGCAUGGAUGACCUUAAUGCAUAUAUUUUUACUGCGUAAAUAAAACAAAGCCCUGCUUUGCACUCAUCCAUGCAUGUUUGCUACAUACGUGUAUGCCUAUGCGCUACGUUUGGCUUAGAAAAUAAAGCAGAGAGUCCUAUGUACGCUUAAUAUGCUCUGCACUUUAUCCUUAGUUGUACGAGUCUGUGUUAUGCUUGUGUAUUUUUCUUAAUUAAAUAAAAUUCCAGGUUCAGCUGCUUCA